AUGGAUCCCUGCGGGCUUGCGGAUUCCGCGGUACUUGACAACGACGGGGAACCUUCUUCCGACGACGAAUUCACGCAGGAAAUCCUUCGGGCUAUCAAAGAGGUCCACGGCUCUGAUGGCGGCAACGAAGAGGACCUGGCCGUGGACUUAUCCGGCGCUGCCAACACCGCCGUACACCAACCACCGGAGGAGCAGCUUUUCCACGUCAGACGUAACACCGCAAGAAACUUCAAGGUGUGUCGGCACAAGGGAGCAAGCGUGCCAAGGUGGAAGGACAUGAAGCUCACAACUUCGGUCGAGCUUCAGGGCGUCGAGCUUCGUCAAGGAAACCUCAUAUCUGUCGUGGUGUUGGGACAGAACGAUGCGAUCGCUGAGGUGGCCGAGAUCCGGGCCGUGGGCGACGGUCGCCACUUGCUCCGCGUUUUCUGGUUCCUGGAACGGGACAUGGUCAUUCCGGGGCUGGACGAUUCCAAUCGAGCCAAGUUCCCCCCCGAAUUUGCUUUCGUCAAAGCUGCUUACACGGAUGUCAUCUCGUGGAUCACCACGCGCGGGCCGCUUGACAGCUCCUCACGAGCGAAGAUACUUCCAGAUCGAAUCCUUUGCUACUGGGGUGACAGGAGGACAUCACUCGAGCU